UCUUACCUAAAGUGUUUCUCAAAAAAUUAAGAUCUUUUUGGCAACGAACUGGUUGGUGUUUCGCGAUCGUUUCCAAUUAGAGCGAAGCGAAACACUUGUUUUACAAUUGAAAAUUUCAGUUUGUCUAAAAGAAUGUCUUCAUAUGUAUCGUUUAGGCUUAUGAAUUUGAAAGAUUUCGUGUGGCGAAAUGUAAUUUUUCUCGUUUGAACGUUCGUAGUUGAUUGUCAUUCGAAUAAUGUUAAAUUACAUCAAAUUGGACGUAUUAUACGAAUGUAUAUAUAACAUUUCACCGGAAUCUUUACGUUUGCGAGCAAAGGAAACGCUAAAGCGAAUACACCUACAAACAAAGAAUGUUAAACGUUCCGAAGAAACGUAUUGACCGAAUAAAUCUACCGACUGGACUUAAUAGCACCGUGUUACCCGUUUAACCAUAAUUUUAAGCAAGUUAUUUUGCUUUAUCAUCACAAUUAUACGCUUACCUAAUGCUUACGUAUUUUAUGAAGAUCAUUUCACUCGCGUCUGUAUACAACAUCUGUAUCUACUUGAAUCGCUAUACUUAAUAUUCCUAAAAACGAAUGAUCAGACCUUGGCCUUGUUUGUUCUUCAAAAAUCGCGCGAUCCGAGUAAAUUUAUAGAAAGAAAACCUCUGAUAAUAGUUCAUCGUUCUUCGAUUUCUACUGUACUCUGAUCGAAACGGCGAGCAAUUCUUUUGGUGAGAUUGAAAUUAAAAUGAUGAUCAACAGGCUGUUGCUUCCGUUUGUCUUUACUCUUGCCUGUUCACCGUAAAAUUUGACGUUACGCAUUACCCUGAGCUGAAAUUUACGACGUAAUCUUUCAAAGUGCGAAGAAACGCAUUUUUAACCGAUACGCACAUAUGCUACCUCCGUCUCUUCUCGCAUAUUCACUUUGUCAUUGUAUUCGCAAAAUGUCACCGUACUUUACAAAGCAAAAGACAAGCGUUUAACACCGUUGCCUCGUUUCCUUGGAUUACGGGCCUGAAUUCAAGAAAAAUUCGACGGAUUUCCCUGCUGUUCGCGCUUUCCAAAGCCACGCAAACGUAUAGACUUUGAUCGAGUGUCAAUGGUAGUCGUUAUCUUAAUGUGUUUCAUCGCGUAUUAUAGAAAUAAAUUAUUGAAUGAUGAUUAACAGUCAUCGUCUGUUUUAAUUCACAAAUGAAAGAUAAGGUAAAGCUAAUUUCAGCGGAAUACGAUAUUACUUGACGAAUGUAGCCAACUCUGGCGAAGACCUCUGAUAACCAAUUAUUCUACAAUAAAAUAAUAUAUUACGACAAAUUAAAACCUGCACUAAACAACGUCGCCCGAUCUAACAAAAGAAUGAUAGGACAAGGGAGGCGAAGUUUUACGUUCGUUAUCAUCGACGAUAUAACAAUUUGCAACAUCAUUCCGCUCCUUUUCCUGCCCCGUUUCGUUUCUGGUUUCUCUUGUUCUUUCCUAGAAGAUGGAUUUAUGUAAUAACGUAAAUAGGAAUCAACGUGCAGUAGCGAAAUAGAAAGAGAAAGAGAGGGAGAGAGAGAUAGAGAGAGAGAGAGAGAGAGAGAGAGAUAGAGAGAGAAAAGCAUUAAGCGUGAGCAAUAAUAGCAGCAUGGAUGAAAAGGGCGGUUAAAAAUCGGGGUUGCUCUUUCGAAGCAAGGAGAGUGCGCUGCGGAAGCACGUGGCGGGUAUAAGAAGAGCCGCGCGUAUCGUUACUAGUCACUGUACAUCUUAUUUUAGCGGAGCUCGCAAGUGUCGCGCGUACUGUACAAUAUAUUUGCAUAGAACUGAAAGGAACGGUGGUGAGACGAUUUUUCGUAAUCGUAACAUCCCAUUAAGUGAAGAAUUAGUUUUCGAAACAGAAACUGCGGAUAGGUUUCAACAGUGAAAUACGAUACCAGUGUAAGAGGUAAGCGGCAGCUCUUAACGUGACAAAUUAAAAAAGUUCGCUAAUUGAUCCUUCUCACCAAUAUUAUUAAUCUCUUCGUUACUAGACGAUAAAACUCUAAGAGUGAAUUAAAAUUAACAAGAAGAAGAUACAACGAGUUUAAACGAUAGUGAUCUAAAAAUAUUUUUAUUUAGUAAGAGAGGAUUAGUUUUAUUUAAUGUGCUAACCGAUGAUACAUUUCGUCUUUUUUGGAGCUUUCAUUUGUUAAAUCAUUGAAAACGGCAACGAAGGGGUUGCAGAAAUUAACGUUGAUUCGUCGACUUAUUUAAUUUGUUGCAUAUUGUGUAUUAUAGGGAAGUGUGUUUAGUACGCGUAAGAAAAAAGAGAAUUUCUAGAUCCUUUGACACGUAAUUUUCUCAUCUAAAAUUAUUCUAGAUUGAUAGAUACGGCCUGACAGAUACGAAUAUUUUCUGAAAAUUUGAUCUGACACGUAUUUUGCAUCGAAUCACAGGACAUACGAAAAUUAAAUUAAGUCGAAAACAUAGUUUCUCUAUUUCUGACAUUUAAUGUAACGAAGGUUUGUUAAAAAAAAAAGGGGGGAAACCGAAAAGAUCUAAAAAUGAACAUUUCGAGAGAAAAAGGUUCCUUUCAAAUAUGAUAUUGCAGGACGUAAAUGGUUUGUGAAAAAGAAUAAGCCGAUGACAGGUUUGAAAGUGCUUGUUAAUUGUUUUAACAAGUUUUAACGAAAAUGCUCUGUUGCUUCCACUUGAUGCAACACAUCCUUCAACUAUAUAUAACACAAAACAUAAUAAAUAUAAUAAAAUAUAGUAAAAAAAUAGAUAUAUAAUAUAUAGUAAGAGAAAUAUAUGAAUAUAUAUACAUAUUUUUUCGUAUUCUGUUAAAUUAAAUGUUCUUUCACAGUUCAUAUAGGGCUCUGAUAAUAAAUAUAAAGAUUCUCUAAAAAUUACUUUCAAAAUAUCGGAUUUAUUUUAAUUUUGCUCGAUGACCGAAGAUAACACGAAAGAAAUGAUGAAAAUAUAAAGGAGAAAUUAUCAAAUCGGAUAUUCCACGUUAAAUUUAUCCGCUGUGUUUGCACAUAUUUAAGAAAGUAUAUGAAACGCGCAUAUAAUAUAAAUGCGACUAUUUCGCAAGGAUGAAAGUAAUGCGACUUUAAUAGGGACGUACAAUUAGUAGAUUAUUUUUAGAGGGAAUUGAGGGAGGCAACGUACUUCUGCAUAUAAGAAUUAUACUUCUCCAUAAAGAUUUCAUGCAGUUAAUAUAGUAUUUACUUUUACAUUGCACAUGCAUAUUUAGAUCCAACAAAUGGAAGGUUUAGCCUCUUUUCAUGGUUUUUCUCAGAAACGAUUUGAUCCUACUAUGAAAUCGUAAUGUGUAUGCAUUGUCAGUUAACAAAGUUAAAAAUGAAACGCGAUUCCGGCAGUUUGCAAUUUUAUCGUAUAAAAUUUAGUACAUUAUACUUGAUGAAAAUUAAGCAUCAUUAUUCUGUUCCCUCUCAAUAUUUGUUUGCGUAUAAAAGCAAAUGACAAUGCUCACGUAUGUUUCCCAUAUCCGACAUUCAUCUCUUUUCGUACUCUUUGCAAUUAUAUUAUAUGAUAUAGCGAAGAAUGCUAAAUAUGAAGCAUAUUCAAGCGUGUACGUGUAUGCGCUACAUCUCGUACUACAUACGUACUUAAUCGAGCUUUUUGUUAUCCAUUUUCAUUCUAUUUUGGGUUUAUUAAUUAAUCGGAUAGUUGUUUAACCUUUCAAUAAUGUAGCUGAAGAAAGAUUCGUGCAAAUGUAAUACUACAAAUCUUAUACCUUAAAUGUCAAUUUCUGUUAAUUGCUUAGUUGUUUCCCAAAAAAGGUUGAAAAUAUGUAUUUUUUAUAUUUUGUACCAGCAGCGAAGAGAAUGUCGAAGAAAUAGAGAAAAUUAUAUUCUAAAACGUUCAUUUGUAUCUAUCAUCUGUUAUUUCUACCAAAUUAAUUUGUUUUAGGCAUGUGGUUGAUGUUUGCUAUAGUUUCCCUUUUGAUACGCGCGAUUCUCGCAAGUUCAGAAAUCGACGAUAUAGUCCUACCGGACAUAAUGGACCUGGAAAACGAAAGCAACGAUAUACUAACCGAUAAUUAUACCGACAGACCUGGGAACGAUAUAUGGAAAGUGUGGAAAAAGACAUCGUUCGACCCUUGGAGUGGUAAACGAGCAAAAGAGUAUUCUCGAUCGAAAGUCGACUCACAAGGGAAACGAACGAAACUUACACACGAUUGGUACGAUCGAGACACACCUACGAAUGAAUUUAGCAAUGUUAAAAGAAUAACAGAAAGUGUCGAAUGGACUCCUUUUAAUAGUUGGGGUGGAAAAAGAGCGGAGAAACUGAACAAUCGAGAUUCAGUUUUAGCAUUAACGAGAGAUCCUCAUAACCUCCACCUGAUGGCAAAAGGAAGAAAACUUGGCGACGAAAAACUCUCGAUCGAAACGAAGAAUUGGUUAUCUUCUAUGUGUAACACCUGCGCCAAAAAACAUUGUUGCAGUGAAAUUGAGAAGAAAACGAAGCAAAACGAACAAUAUGAGAAACCCAGAGCGUGGGGUCCAUGGCAUGGGAAAAGAAGUUUAAAAACAUAUACCUUCCGUUUUGGAAAUGAGUACUUCACGGUACCGGCCGAUUCUAUAAAAGACGAGAGGAAUUUUUCUCCUUUCAGAAAACAUAAUUAAUCGCACACUGAUUAUUCUAUCCGAUUAGAUAAAUCCAUAGAACGUCAUAAAAUUUGUAAAGCAGUUUGGCGCGUUCGAUUCUAUUCUACUUUGUACAAUCGUGUAUCUUCUGUUUGGAACACGUUUAUCCGAUCUAAUUGUGCAGGAGGUUGGGAAUAAAUAAGUUCUUUAAUAUCUGUAACAUUCGAAUUUUGGAUGCGAAAUAUGUCAAGUGGUGUAUGUACACAUAUGUAUUAUAUAGCAUUAUGAAUAAAUAUCUGUUUAAUCAGA